AUGGUCAAUAAUCAUAGAAGGCGAGUAAAAUCUCAUUCAAGAGGUAGAUGGAGUGUUAACUUAAAAGUUAGUGUUACAACAGAAGGUCAAAAUAAUGGUCUUAUUAUUCAACAAGGAAUAGUUCCUGCAUCAUCAUAUAAUUAUAUUUCUCAACCUGAUUUUAAUAGUUUACCAACAUAUUCAUUUAAUCCUUCACCAUUACCUGUAGAAAUGUUGCCAUCAUCUUCAAUGGAAAAUUUAAAAACACCUACACCAUCAUUAAGUUCUUUAAAUUCAAAAAAUAAAAUAGAAGAACCACUUAAUAUGCAAACAUCUCCCGUUGUUUUAUCAAAUAAUCCAGUACAGAUACAAAAUAAUAAAACUACUACAUUAACAACAGUUGAAAUAUUCCGUGCACCUGUUGAUGAAGAAGUUCAAUUUUAUAAAUUACCACCAGAACCAGUAUCAAUUACAGGACAAUCACAAUAUGUAAGAGCUCAUGGACCACAAUAUGAAACAUGGAAUCAAAUAAGAACAGAAACAUUGAUCAAUGAUCCACCUCCAAUAAUUGCUUCAAAAUCUGUACAAUGGAAAAAUGAUUUAGAAGAAAGGUUAACUGUUUCUUCAUAUAGUUCAUAUACUGAUGAUACUCUUUCAUUAACAAAAGAAGAAAUUGAAUAUAAUGAUACACCUCCAAAAGUUUACGGAUUAAAUAAACAAUAUUCGGAUACUUUUACAAAUCAAAGUAAUUCUAAUGGUAAAGUUUCUCCAUAUUCAGAUUCAUCAUCUAUACAACAAUAUCGUGUAUCAUCACCAUCUACUUCACAAAUUUUUAAUGAAAAUCGUUCACAAUCACCUAUGUUUGCUCAUAUAUUAAGACAACAAAAAAUUAUUAAAACAGAAAGUAUUCCAAUUGAUGGAGCAAAAGUUAAUGGUAAUGAAGAUAUGAUAACAAUUAAUGAUUAUAGAGAGGGUGACUUACAAAUAAGGCCUUUAUCUAUUGAUACUGAUGAUGGAACAUCACAUUGGGAUAAAAAUUUACAUUCAAUAGAAAGUUCCUCUAAUUUUUCACCAUCAUAUAACAAUAAAAAUGGAAAAUUAAUAAGUCCAAGAGGAAGAUCUCCAUCAAUAUUAAAAAAUGGAUCAUCUAAAGUAAGGAGAAGCCGUAGUCCAUCAUGGGAAGAGCAUCGUAAAUCAGAUUUAUACAAAACAAAAGAUGUAUUAGGAAAUGUUAUUGAUUUAGUUGGUGAUUUUGAUGUAAUGUCUUUAAAAGAUAAUGAAAUCUGGGAUAGAAGAAAUUAA